GAUGGCAUAGCCCAAUCCUUCGGACGAACGGAGCACUCCUGCGCACUAACUUCAGCAAUGCCCGCGUCCCCUCCCGCAGCAGAGGCGCUCUUACAGACUUGUGGACAGCACGCCGUCGAAUCUAGUGCGCUUCUUUCAACAGCAACUGAAGCAAAAAAGCGGCAAUAAUUUUCACAUAUCCUUACAGUAUUUAUUGAUUUCACAUCCCGCAAGAUAAAAUCGCAAUCGAAAACGGCAAAUCCACAAGGGAAUUUUGGUGUGUGUUCAUUGCCGUCAGUCUGGACCAGUGAGGAAACGCACGGACUUGUAGUUGACCGCAACUGAAUGCAGUUCGGUACGCAUUCGGCGAACAGGUGUCUGAGGGGUGAAAGAUUUCUUACAGGUUUCAAGGCACUGGGCUGCAACUGAUUUUUGGAAUUUUUCUAGCUCGUUUACAAUGCAUACCAACGGAAUUAUCCUUUAUAAUUGAAGAACACUGCCAUCCCGUUUCCAUUGGCCUGUUUCCUCGGCACACUUCCAGGUGAAACUGCAUUCUGGGCCGGCCAUAUUUGAGAGUGACUCGUCGCCAUGGACAACUGGAUAUUUCCCUCCACCCCACCAAACCUGUCUGAGCCCCUCAUGUACGACAGCUACAUCCUGGGCAACGAGACGGACCCGAGGCACAACCCCAAUGUCACCGACCACAGGUUCGACAAGACCACCACGGUGGUCAUCACCUUCCUGUACUUCAUGGUUUGCGCAGUGGGACUCUGCGGCAACACGCUGGUCAUCUACGUCAUCCUGCGCUACGCCAAGAUGAAGACCGUCACCAACAUCUACAUCCUCAAUCUGGCGGUGGCCGACGAGCUCUUCAUCCUGGGCCUCCCCUUCAUCGCCAUCCAGCUGGCGCUGGUCCACUGGCCCUUCGGCCUGGUGCUCUGCCGCGUGGUCAUGACCGUUGACUCCCUCAACCAGUUCACCAGCAUCUUCUGCUUGAUGGUCAUGAGCAUCGACCGCUACCUGGCCGUGGUGCACCCCAUCAAGUCCACCAAGUGGAGGAAGCCGCGCAUGGCCAAGACCAUCAACCUGGCUGUCUGGGGGAUCUCGCUGCUGGUCAACCUGCCCAUCGUCAUCUACACCGGCCUGAUCACCAAGAACGAAAGCUGCUUCUGCACCAUCGUGUGGCCGGAGCCCCAGGAGGCCUACCAGACCGCCUUCAUGUUCUACACCUUCCUUCUGGGAUUUUUCCUCCCGCUGGCCGUCAUCUGCCUCUGCUACCUGUUCAUCAUCAUCAAGGUGAAGUCAUCGGGGAUCCGGGUGGGCUCGUCCAAGCGCAAGCGGUCAGAGCGCAAGGUGACGCGCAUGGUCUCCAUCGUGGUGGCGGUCUUCGUCCUCUGCUGGCUGCCCUUCUACGUCUUCAACGUCACCUCGGUGACGGGCACCAUCAGCACCACGCCCGCGCUCAAGAGCACCUUCUACUUUGUGGUGGUGCUGGGCUAUGCCAACAGCUGCGCUAACCCCAUCCUCUACGCGUUCCUCUCGGAGAACUUCAAGAAGAGCUUCCAGAACGUCCUGUGCCUGAAGAAGGUGGGCGGGCUGGACGAGGUGGAGCGCAGCGACAGCCGGCAGGACAAGUCGCGCAUGAUGAACGACGCCACGGAAACGCAGAGCACGCUGCUCAACGGCGACCUGCAGACCAGCAUCUAAGCCACGAGAGGGACUAAGGGGGUGUCCAGAGACGGUCAGCGGUCCACCCCCUGGUUCCAUCCUAAAAACUGAGCCGCUAGGACUAUCUGUGGACACCCGGGUCAAAUGUGUUUUCUUUCUCUCCUUAUCUUAUCACCAAGAGCACCAUCUUAGGGGAGUGGGGCCCUCCAGAAUAGAGUGGCCCCAUUCCCUUCACACUAACAAUACAGGAGUAGGGUUCAGCCCAUUAGACUGAUGUUAACGGCCCAUCAUCUCUAACCCCAUCUCUGAGUGAUGUGAUGGACAAAUGAGAUGGGGGGGUUGUCCAUGGGACAGCAACCCACACCCUCAUCCCCAUGGCAGGGAGUUCCUAUUUCAGUGGUAAGCCAAGAGGUCAGGUGUGGAACCCCUUUCUCUCUGACCCAAAAGCAUUAAAUACUGUAGAGCAAACAAGGAUCUUUCUAAAGACCCCAGUUCAGAUACAUGGAAACACCACCUCCUUCCUACAUCUCUGGCGAUGUCACCUGCCUCCCCCAACCCCUUCAUGUUUCUCAGCUCAUGUUUUUUUGGAGCAGUGAAUGGAGCUCGUCUCAAGACAAGGUGGCAUUUACUCAUGAAAAAAUAUUGAAAGGAUCACUGACCCAGAUUGCUUUGAUUUCUGUGGGAGGUCUUCUGGUCUGGAUUCAUUUUAAUUGGUCCCAUCGGGGCUGCAGAGAUGAAGAAGUCUCCUCCUCCUCCCUUUCAAGGCAGUGCUCAUUGUGAAAGGUGAAAAAAAAACAAAGGAACCAUGAGAAGUGGACAUCUUAGCUACAUUUCAAGUGUAUAAUUUCUGUUUGGUGUUUACUUCUGAUUAGUCAACUGAAGGUUAGGUCAAUGGCUUCACAAAUCACAAAUAUAUAUGUAUUUCGAUAAACGCUCGAAUAUGAUAUGACUGAGAUAUAUUCGUAUUUCAGAUAGGAACACAUAUUACAGCGACAUACAUGCAUCUCAGCUUAGUUCUUUAAACAUUCCAUGAAAAUGGUGCCUGUUUUAGGAACAAAAUUCAUAAAAGAAGUGCACUCAGUGUUUUAUUUUUUGGCUGAGACUAAAGAUUCAGAUGUUUCGUGGUAUGCUGCCUUCAAAGUUAGUUGGUUUUACUUUCUUUCAAUAGAAAAAGGUAACAUCUUUCAUCUGUGGUUUGGAUGUUCUCGCUCUUGCUACACAGACCCAGUCUAUGUUUUAUGCUCUACUAUGAUCAUGCAGCUUCGCUUCGCUCUCCUGCCCAAGAGCAUUUGCCGAGAUGACUGCUGAUUGGACAGACAUCCCACUGGAGCCCUGAUACAGAGCAAACAAGCCUCAGCAGCUGUUUUACACAAACUUUAAGACAUGUUUUUGGAUUUCAGCAGACAUUGCCUGUCACCCUUUUUAAUUAUGUUUUUAAAUCCUCUGUUCUCUUGUUGCCGAGGUGGAAGUGAAGUUUUCACAUGUAAUUACAAGAUGACAAGUGCUUUAGUGGCUUUCCGUUCGGUCCCUUCAACAACAGCAGUGCUAUAACGAACCACGAAUAUUAAUUUGCGUUUGAGAGGCGUUAGAACCAUCUGUGUCACAUCUUUCCCACAGCACAGCUUGUAAUUUCGAGGCAGUGACUGUUAGCAGUACCGGCCAGUACGCUUGUUCCAGACAUGGACCUGUCUUUUGCAAGACCGCACAGCUGUCUAUUAGUGGUCCUCACUGUUACGUGGACUCUGAAUAUGCGCAUGGCAUUCAAUGUUUCUACGGCAGCACGCCAUUUGCUGAAACAUGUUUGACAUAAAUCAAGAUUUGCGGGUUCACCAUUUACGUUCCCCCUGGUGGAACUAACCUGACGUGAUCAGGUUGUGAAAUACACCCCGCACCCCCUCUCUGAGAGACAGUGCCAUGGAAUUCUGGGAAGUGAGAUGCAAAGGACAUGAACAUCAACCACUCUCUCACGAGUACAUCGUGAAUGUGUUUAUUUUUAGAAUGUGCGUGUAUUUCUACGAGCGAGGAAGUUGAUGCGCGUGCUCACACUGGUGGGAGUGUGUUUGUGUGUUUACUCAAGCGGGAGAGCGUAUACGUUUGUGCAUCUGUGUGUACGUGUUCACGCCACUUGGGAGAGGGUGCAUGUGCGCUUGUGCUCAAAAUAGCACACUAUCCCUGGCAAUGCGUAGAACUGGGGCUACAGCGUUUCACUGCAGCACAAUGAAAAUUCAGACCGGCAGUGCCCAGUCGUGCCGUGGAGGACAGAGAGUGCGCUGGUCACCAGGUGAAUCGAUUGGUUGGAAUGAAAGCCUGCAUAUUCUCAGCAGUCGAUGGCAGGAUUGGGCACCACUGAUUCAGACCAUAACGCUGUAACUUGCAGUCCUGUCACAGCAUUGCCACAGGCACUUACCAAACUGCUGCUAGUGUAUAGAUCUUGGUUGUUUUAUAGAGACCUCUCUUGUAUCCAGUUGUUGUAAAUGGACGUGUGAAAUAUGUUGUUUAUUUAGCAGUGAAAAACAUAAUUUAACUUUGAUGACACAAAGAACUAUUUCCUUUCUCCAUUUUCCAGUACACUAGCCAAGAUUAUCUGUUAAUAUAAAUACUGCUACCAUUAUUAUUCUAUAUUAAUAAUAAUUUAAUCAGUGUCAUUAUAAAUACAAAUAGUUAUUGUAUUUAAGAAAGCAGUGCAUUUUUUAUAAGAUACUGUUUGUAUUUGCAAUUUUUAAGAAUGAAGCACAGAUGAAAUGUUUGUCAUGUAUAUUUUGUGAGCAGAUUCUGUAAGUGAAAAGAGAAAGUGAUCUGCAAACUGGGGAGAGGCGAAACCGGUCAGCACCAUGCAGUGUGUUUGGUCUGCCACAUCCGCUGAAUCUGCAGCACGGAUGGGACGUCCCAGACCUUGUGUGUGGUGCUGAUCUGAGGCAGGAAAAAUGGUGACCGCCUUCCCCCUCCCCUCCUUUUGGGAAGGGUCUGAAACGCUGUGGUCUCCGUGGUAACCUGUGAGGUGUUCCUCUAAAUUAUACAUUUGUGAAGGGCUAGAACACGCACCCAUUUGGGUGAAGCGUUCCUAAUUACACCCCCCAUCCCCCCCAAACACACACACAGACAUAUUCAGCUGGUUCCGUUGGACCACGGCCAGGUAAUUGUGUUGCCAUGGUGUAGAACAUGCUGGCUCCCUGCCAGGCUGAAUCCCUUGACAGGGACAGAGGAGCUGUCUAUAGUGCCUUUAAGCACUGCUGGGACCCUGGAGGGGUCCAAAUGCAGGUGCAUUAUGGGAGGUUAUAUCCUGCCUAUCUGCUAGAAAAAUCACACACAGAUGAAGCAUUCUGUGUAUAUUUCUCUCUCGCUCGCUCGUAGAUGUGAUUGCCACGUACGGUGCAAUGCUUUACCUGUUGCAAAGACAAAAAUAGCAUUCUGAGCAAUUUCCUUCUGUUUGUACGUACUUGUACGUGUUUGUUUAUUGUCCAACACACUGCUUCGAUCUUCAGAAACUCUUGAGACGCUGUUCUGUAGGUGGACUCGUGCUUCGGUGGAACACAGUGGGGACCUGCAAAAUGUGGCAGGAGGGAAUCCCUGUUCUGGCGCAAGCCUCUUUGUGACAGCCACGGUUGCCAUGGGACGGAGGCGAGCACAUGAAAUUCAGUACGGCAGCGCGAUCACACCGGUGACCGAGCUGACGAUUCAUUAACAUUGAUAUUUACCUACGGGCUCUGAAGACAGCUGGACUGGGCUGAAUAAACAAAACUCCGGAUUGGACGGUUUGCUCCACAAACACAACAGCGCCCGAACCCUGGGAGCUUCAGACUGUGCUCGACCCCUGGGAGCUUCAGACUGUGCUGGAACCCUGGGAGCUUCAGACUGUGCUCGAACCCUGGGAGCUUCAGACUGUGCUCGAACCCUGGGAGCUUCAGACUGUGCUCGAACCCUGGGACCUUCAGACUGUGCUCGAACCCUGGGAGCUUCAGACUGUGCUCCAACCCUGGGAGCUUCAGACUGUGCUCCAACCCUGGGAGCUUCAGACUGUGCUCGAACCCUGGGAGCUUCAGACUGUGCUCCAACCCUGGGAGCUUCAGACUGUGCUCGACCCCUGGGGCCUUCAGACUGUGCUCGAACCCUGGGAGCUUCAGACUGUGCUCCAACCCUGGGAGCUUCAGACUGUGCUCCAACCCUGGGAGCUUCAGACUGUGCUCGAACCCUGGGAGCUUCAGACUGUGCUCCAACCCUGGGAGCUUCAGACUGUGCUCCAACCCUGGGAGCUUCAGACUGUGCUCGAACCCUGGGAGCUUCAGACUGUGCUCGAACCCUGGGAGCUUCACCGUGACUAGCAGCAGCCGGGAGAGGAUGUAUGCAGGCAGGCAUGUAUGCAAGAUUUCCCAAGUCAAGGCUACUCUGGUCCCGGGGGAAAUUCCACUCUGCAGCUCAGUCAGCAGAGCUUGGCUCACUAAAUCAUUCAUUUACACGUGUUUACUUUCCUAUUUAUUAUUUUAUUCCGUUCCCAUUUUCUCCCUCCUCAUUAUUAGAGAUGCUGAAUUCCCUUGUGUUGCUCCUGUACCCCAACUCUGUCCGUAGAAGGCAUGUCAUUUCCACAGGUGUUCACAGGCAGAAGGCAGUGGGCCAAAAAAAGGUUUUAAAUUUCAGAGCAUCUGACAUGAUCAGUACUGAAAGGUCUACAUGUCUCUGAAUAGCACAUAAAUACACCUAAAUGCAUGUAUACAUGCAUACACUGUAAAAUGUUCAGUGUUAAAUCAACUCUCACAGAGCCCAGAUGGUCCCUAUUGGACUUGUAUGUACUCUUGUCAGAGUUUAAUUAUCACUGAACAUUUUACUGUGUACAUGCACACACGCAUGCAUGAAGACAUUUCUCUUACAUACACAGCCAUCCACACUUUUACAAUGAGAGACUGUACUUCCUCCUCUAUCUUGAGAUUUCAAGUUCAGGUCAGUUAUGUUGUCUUAUUCAAACACAAUACAACAAACAUGGAUUAAAACAAGAUUUAUAAUGAGCCAGUUAUGUGUAUAAACAAAAACGCUCAGAUUGUUAUAUCAAUUCUAAUGACUGACUUUCCAGUAAUCUUAGGCAUUCUCAAUGCACUGGAACUUCAGGCGAAAAAAAUAGCUGUAUGUGUCCCUCUAGUGGUCAUAUGUAUUUUACUGUGAAUCGUAUUUGCAGGAACACAUUUGCAUUUUACCAAAAAAAAAAAAAAAGAUAAAUGUUACAUACUUAUUUCUUUAGCAAUACAACGUUCUUCACUGAAAUACUAUACAUAGUAUGACAUGCUCGUUUCUUUUUAAAUUUUGGGUUCAAAGCGUUUCCCUUUGUGUAAAUAACAGACGCGUCCUAAGUUUGUGUGAAGCAUCAAGAGAUACGAGCACAAAUAAUGUUGAGCAACGUGUUCCUAUUGAUAUUAACAGCGAUGCGUUUUAAGAAAGGCUGAGACCGAAGACGUUGUCAAAUUAAAUUACAUUCAUUUGGACAGCAACAACGAUCCAGCUGAGAUCAAAGCGGCGUCUCACGUAAUCGCGAGCAACAAAACAGCAGUUCAAUGGCUAGCCGAUUGUGAAAGAAAGGUUGCUGUCAUUCAUUCAACACAAGCUCAAGGGUGCAGACAGCGCAAUUGUCAAAUGCCGGGAUCGUGAGUCCUUUCCAUGUUGCCCCGAACUACGGAACGGUAAAUAAUGUACACGUAAUGUGAAAGCAUUUCUCUGCGGCAUUGUCGAAAAACGUCUGCUUCUGUAAAUAUUCGACAUUACCACGAGAACUCUAUUAUUAUUAUUUGGAAAUAUGUUGCUAUUAAAUACUGCAUAUUAAAAAAUGGGCCUGUAUUUUAUUCUGAAAUCCAUACUACAUAAAAAGAGCUACAGUAAACAGAAAUGUUGGAGAGAAGGUUGUGAGUAAUGUAUAUUGCUUGGUUCUGACAUGUAAAAAUAAAAAAGCAGUAAUUGUGAAACGUU